UUGUGCUGUGUGGCUCUACGGCGCUUCAGUUCAGAUGAGCUCACUCGGCCGACGCGCACAUCGCCGGAUUCCACCAAUCUGAGGACGGCGAGCGGCAGCCUGGUGCGCAGCGAUGAGUGGAGGCUUUUGUGCAAAGGCUGCGGACUUUCUGCUGCACAAAGUCAGAGGAUGCAGAGAGGAUCGUCCCCUCGUUGGAGAGACGCAUCGGAUUUAAGCUCGCCCGGAUGGAUGUGAACGUACUCUUGGAUCGCAGACUGGACUGGACUUCGGGCUGAAGGGAAAAAGGGCGACUUUCAAAACACUGUUAUUUUUCUUCGUUUUCUUCCCACCCUUUGUUGGGAAAUGCCAGGGUUCGGUCCAUCAUUUUCUGUCCAGAUGAAGCCGGGGUGCUCUUUAGGAAGGGCGCCAGAUCUCCAGCCUCUCAAAUCUGCAAGUUCAGUCUAAUAAUUUGUGACAUUGUCUGUCAGCCUUGGAAUAAUAAAUCGAUUCUCAAGAAAAAGGACGCGAUUUUCCUUCGGAAUAUUAACGCUCGGUUCCCCCGCAAUCCUUAUAAAUAUGCGGUUUGGUUGGAUUGGGUUGCUUUGUUCCAGCUUCAGGCUUUUUGUAGCUGGAGCUGCGCUGAUAGUGACUGAUUAUUGCUGUUGAUUUUGCUCCAUGCAAGACUCGGGGUGGAAACAUGUCUGGCCACUUCUUUGAGAGGAUCACUGCUAUCAGAGAUGGCAUUUUGGUCCAGCACUUCGGUUUUCACCUCUAAAGUGCCCCGGAAAAUCUUAUUCAUGUUCACCCUCUCCCUCUCUGUCACCUACUUGUUCUACAGCUUGAUGAGCUGCUACAACUCGCUGCAGUUCCCCCUGCAAGAGAACUACGCGUAUCAGGGCAGGCUGGUGACGGAGGAGACAACUUUGGUGACACUGAGGGAGAAACUUCACUCCGCUUCCCAGGGCUUCACGGAAAUCACCGGGGCGGCAGGACCCGCCGAGGAGAACCAUGCCGAGGCCGAGCAGAGGACCGUGGAGUGGAUUAGGACGCAGGCGUCUCCGACCAAAUCGGCGGCGGCGUAUCGCACCGGCGCGCCGGGGAGGGAGCGCCGUGAUUUCAGCACCACGGACAGCGACCUGCGGGUGAACUGCACCACGGAUUACGGAGAGAAGAAACUUCCCCAAGCCAUCAUCAUCGGGGUGAAGAAGGGGGGCACCAGAGCCCUGCUGGAGGCUCUCAGGGUGCACCCGGACGUCAGAGCCGUUGGAAACGAGCCACAUUUCUUUGACAGGAACUACGAGAAGGGGCUGGACUGGUACCGGGACCUGAUGCCUUCAACGCUGGACGGGCAGAUCACCAUGGAGAAGACGCCCAGCUACUUUGUGACCAGCCACGCCCCGAAGCGCAUCCACUCCAUGGCCCGGGACAUCAAGCUCAUCAUAGUGGUGCGCAACCCGGUCACCAGGGCCAUCUCGGACUACACGCAGACCCUGUCCAAGAAGCCCGAGAUCCCCACCUUCGAGGUGCUGGCCUUCAAGAACCGGACGCUGGGCCUCAUAGACGCCUCGUGGAGCGCGCUGCGCAUAGGGAUCUACGCGCUGCACCUGGAGAGCUGGAUGCAGUAUUUCCCGCUGUCCCAGAUGCACUUUGUGAGCGGCGAGCGGCUCAUAGUGGACCCCGCCGGCGAGAUGGGCAAAGUGCAGGACUUCCUGGGGCUCAAGCGCAUCGUCACGGACAAGCACUUCUACUUCAACAAGACCAAGGGGUUCCCGUGUCUGAAGAAGCCCGAGGACAGCAGCACGCCCCGCUGCCUGGGCAAGUCCAAAGGGAGGACUCACCCCAGAAUCGACCCGGACGUGAUCCGCCGGCUGCACAAGUUCUACAAGCCCUUUAACAUGAUGUUCUACCAAAUGACCGGCCAGAACUUUGAGUGGGAGCUGCAGGAGGACAGCGGACCUCGCGGCGCUCGGGACUAGCUUUGUCAAGAUUUUAAAAAAAAAACUGCAUUGUCUCGCUUCACGAGUGCUUCGGCACGCCAAUCAAUCACGGCCGUCUUUGCAGUGUCUGUAUCCGUUAGCAAGAGUUUACCGACAUGCUUUUUCCUCUCCCUUCAAUACUAAUGUUGUUGACGAUGGCAAAUCACUUAUUGUAAAUACUGAAACAUAAAAUAUAUUUAUAUUUGUGAAAAGGAGAAACGAUUUAUUCCUCUUUGUUUUUAAAGCACAGAGUGAAGGAAGUGAUGUUGACUGUGGCGAUGCAUGCGAUAAGUUAAGUGUCCUUACCUCCAUGAGCCCGAAGGCCAAACUCUGUCUGUUACCUUCUCACCAGCGCCGCAAAAAGGACCUUUCUGUUUCAGGUCUUCUCAGUUUUGGUCUGUUUCGGUCUUAGGUUUUACCAAAGUGUUCAGUGUUCUUUAUGCUCUGCACACAUAUCCGAUGAGAGAGCCGAUGAUUGGAUUGUUCCGCCGCAUCGCCGCAUAUCAGCGCACUGGCGGUGCCGCGCGAUUCGACCCGAUAAAUCCAUGCACUACACAUAGAGGGUUUUAGCUGCGGAUCAAAACUAUUCUGCAUCUUGACGACAACAACAACAACAACAAAAUUCCCAACCCAAAAUACCGAUGAACCCCCUGCAGGGCGCCCAAGCGCCGCCCCCUCGUCGCAGUGACGGCGGGCCGAGCGCUUCGUUAACAGACAUCUGCUGCGACGCCCUCUUCUGUCGUUAGAGAUUAAUGGCGUGUUAAAUAAACCCGCCGCCGUCGCCGGGCUGGAACAAGUUCAAUGUCAAUGACAGAAUCCGAAAAACAACAUACAUGCCCCCCCCCCGGCCCGUCGCUGUGUGUGCGCUUCGCUACGCCGCGAUGAUGUGGGGAUGGAAAUGUGCGGUCGUCGGGGGUUACCUUGUGAAAAAAAAAAAAAAAAAAACACAACAGGGCUCCGCUCUGAAAAACUUUGUUAUUUUUCCCCUCAAGUGAGAAAAUAACACUGACCCACCAUAUUUCUUCCCUUUGCAUCACCUGCAGUGCGUCUGUCUGUGCUCUCUGGACUUUUCAGAUCAAUUGAGACAAUCAAUACAGCCGAUGGAGUCAAUAAAUGCAGUCUGCUGCACAUCACUGGUUGCUACAGAUAUGAUGCAUCGCUCUGUUAAUCCUCCGUCUUCGUGGUUUUCAUGGUUUGGGGGGAGGAGGGGAGAGGGGGGGGGGAGAGGAGGCCUGCAGCAGCACCAGCAGCAACUCACACGGAGCGAUUGAUUCAAUCAGAGUGAGCACUACGCUGCCCCCCCCCACCCCACCUAUUGUAGAGCCGAGCUUGAACACCUUCCAUCUGGUCUUAACCGUCGCCAGAGUCUCCCACUUCGAGGCCUUUUCUUUUGCAGCC